GUGACAAGCAUGGUUUCUCGGACUCUUCUCAAUCAGCAUACGGCGCAUGUAUUUAUUUACGGGCGUCCAAUGGCGAAAAUCAUUCAAUACAUUUAUUAUGCGCGAAAUCACGUGUUGCUCCGCUUAAAACUAUAACAAUUCCUCGCCUGGAGCUAUGUGGAGCCCUUUUAUUAGCACGCUUAAUGAAAAAGACCAGCAAAAUCUUAAAUUUACCAAUAACACAUCAAUAUUACUGGACUGAUUCAACAAUAGUUUUGUCUUGGUUAUCAGAAAUUUCUGGAAAUUGGAAAACAUUCGUCUCUAACCGAAUUUCGGAAAUUCAAUCACUAACAGAUGUAAAUUACUGGCGCCAUGUACCAACCAAAUAUAACCCUGCCGAUCUUAUCUCUCGCGGUACAACAACAUCAGAUUUAAUUAAUAAUAAAUUAUGGUGGAAUGGACCAGUUUGGUUAAAAAGUGAUACAACUAAUUGGCCUAUUACCCCUCCUAAUAUAUAUCAGAAAACUGACGUAGAGAGGAAAAGGGUUGUCUUUUUAAUCAUUACAGUACAAGAAUUACAUGUUUUUGGAAAAUUUUCAAAUUACUUAAAAUUACAAAGAGUCAUAGCGUACUCUCUCAGGUUUAUCAACAAUAUAAAAAAUAAAACUAACAAAUUGUACGGUAACAUUUCAACUAAUGAAUUGGAAAGAGCUUCACUCACAAUUAUCAAACAUAUUCAAGCCAUCACAUUUCCUUCAGAAAUUUCAAAUUUACAAAGUAAUAAACCUUUAGACAGAAAAAGUAAACUGCUGCCAUUAGCGCCAUUUUUAGAUAACAAUGGUCUGUUGCGCGUUGGUGGUCGAUUAAAACAUGCUGAAUUAGAUUUUUCUAUAAAACACCCUGCAAUAUUACCAUCAAAUCACCAUGUGACAAAACUAUUAGUUCAGUACGAACAUGAAAAAUUGCUUCACGGUGGACAGCAAUUAACCUUGGCGUCACUCAGACAGCAAUAUUGGCCCAUAAAUGGUCGAAGUAUUGUACGACAGGUCCUGCACAAAUGUUUACGGUGCUUUCGCACUAAUCCAAAGGGUACCGUCCCGCCAACAAUGGGAAAUUUACCAGUAAAGCGGUUGCAAACUGCCCCAGCCCUCAACAAAAUAUUGACUCAAAACAGGGUGCUUUUGCUCUGGAUUCCGGGCUUUAGCGACAUAACGGGAAACGAGCUCGCAAACGACCUUACUAAUGCAGGUGCUCAACAGCAACUCACUCGCCCAGAGCCUGCUGUGGGUAUCUGCAACAGCCUGAAUGGGGCGCUUCAAGACUGGGAAACACACCAUAGAUGA